GGGGGCGCGGGCCGCACGGAAGGGAGAAUGCGCGGCUGGGAGAGCCGGGCUGGGGCUACUGAGGAUGCGCCCUGUUCGGGUUUACCCUGACGUCAUUUUUCCUUCGGGUUCAGGGCCCUCCUGGCUGCUCGGAGGAGAAAGGGGGCGCUGGCUUCACCUUGCGGAGGAGCUGAAGGCUAGCCAGAAAGAAGCCCUGCACAAAAAGCUGGUUCCACACCCCUGGCAGGGACCGGACCGCCUCUGCGCUGCUGAAAGCUGACCCAGGCACAGAUCAGGAGGGCAGUUCUCAGGGCAGCUGCUGCUAGUUUCGGCCUAGUGCACAAUGCCUUCUCAUGCAGGACAGCGGACGUGUACCUUCAGAGGCAGUGGUCUGAGGCACGGCGUCAGACUCGCAGUGGGCACCUGACAAGUCCUGCCUGCGGUGAGAGCCUCGUCCCUGUCAUCGGCACAGCUGACACAGAGCACACAGCCGUCACGGGGACACGCUGCGGCCGGGGCCCCGCCGACCUGCCUGCCGACUCACGCGUGGCUCUUGGCUGUCUUCAGAAUGCUUGGAGACGCCUCUCCAGUUUCCUCGCCAAGAGCCCUCAUAAAGGGUGUUGCCUGCAAAUGGCCUGAGUUCCUCGUUACCAUUAAGUUAAGGAAGGAAUCCUCACGCCCAGCUGCUGCAAAGCUGAUUCAUUAGUGCAUUUAGUGCAGAGCAGGUGGCCACUGUGCAGGAGCCCAGGAGCAGGGAGGUUCUGGCCAGUGAUGAGUGGCCGCGUCCCGCUGGCAGAGAAAGCUCUGUCUGAAAGCUACGCCCGGCUCCGGUACCGGGACACCUCCCUGCUCAUCUGGCAACAGCAGCAGCAGAAGCUGGCAUCCGCGCUGCCCGGGACGUACCUAAGCAGGAGCCGAAGCAUGUGGUACUCACAGUACGGGAACGAGGCCAUCCUCGUCCGGGACAGAAACAAGCUGGACGUCUCGCGGGACACGGGGCAGUCCAAGUUUUGUUCUAUAAUGUAAUUCUGGGGUGAAAAUCUGAGCCCAGGCACCAGGCCGCCUUGCUGACCCCUAGCCCUCACUGGGAGAUUCUGACAGGGAAUGUGAAGGCUGAGCUGUGAUAGAAGAGCCCCCAAACCCCAGAGGCGGCACCCCGCCCGCUCACAGUCGGGGUGUUGGGUGGACUUCUGGACCCCGUCCUGACCCUGCAGGCACAGCCACAGCCUGGGCCCAGCUAGAUGCUGUCCUGGUCACGCUUCCAAGAAAGUCACGCGAGAGAGAUACCCCAGGUACAAACAACCUUUUCACAUUCUUACAGGUUCUCUCUAGUAUUCCCUCCUGCCUGGUGAAGAAUGGGUCAAAUCUUAAAAAAAAUAAAAGUGAAUUGGCAUCAUGUAGGGAUCGGAAAUCCAUUGGCAGGACCACAGUGGUUUUACCCUAAACAGGUCAUUGGCAGCAGCAUUUCAGCAGGAACUCUGUGGCACUUGAGUUUGUCUAGUUACGAAAGCGAUCAUUGCCCGCGAUGCACUGUGAUCACUAGCUCCCUGAUGCUGGGGGCUGUGGGCAAGGCAGCCGAAAAACUUAGGUAGGGGAAACCCCCAAUUAUGAAGUUACACGUCAGCUGCUAACAGUGACCUCAGGCUUAAUCACAGAGCUGAAACAGGCAGGCUCUCAGCCGACAGCAGCUCGGCCUCUGCUCCAGGCCGCAGCCCCCGGCCAACUGCAGUGUUUGAUGUGUGUUGGCCCCCCGUGUGGGCAGGUUUAUGAGUCAGUUUAAGGGAUUUGCUGUAAUUAAAGUCUGUGUGGCAAGGUGAACGCAGAGGUGUCUUGCCGAAGCUCAAUUUUCUUUUUUUUUCGAAUUUUCUUUUUAAAUAAAUCUCCUUCAGGAGGCUCCUUCCUUCCUCACUCCAAA